AUGCCACAAGACGCCCUGUUCGUGGCCGACGACGAGCCAUUAAAUCCACAUCCACCGAUCAAAAUCCAGGUCGUCAUCGUCGGCGCGGGCCUCGGGGGCAUCAUCACGGCCAUCCUGCUCUCACACAAGGUCCCGAACCUCAAGUACACCCUCUUUGAUCGCCAAGAUCGCAUUUAUCCUGCCGCCACGCCUCGCUUGACACGCAUCCUUCUCACUUCGUGCUUAGAAACCACCUUUGCUCCCAACCCGAACUGGGCCGAAUACUACUCGACCGGCUCCGAGAUCCGCGCGUACUACGAGAAGCUCGUCGAUGACUAUGGCCUGCGCUCCCAGAUACGCCUCCGGCAUGAACUCCUAUCUGCCACUUGGCGUGCCGACGGUGCCGUCUGGGACUUGGCCAUCAAAGACCUCAACACGGAGGAGACCUUCCACGAGACCACACCCUUCUUCAUCAACGCCCAGGGGCGCUUGAGCCGGCCCAAGCUGCCCGACGUCCCUGGUCUGGUAGACACCUUUGCCGGUACCCUUGUCCACACGGCCACCUGGGACCCCAUCAUCGAUCUCACCGGUAAACGUGUGGCCGUCAUUGGCAACGGCUCUAGUGGCCAGCAAAUCCUGCCCCAUGUAGCACCACGUGCUGCGCACGUCGACCAUUACGUGCGCUCGCGCGUAUGGAUCACACCCACCUUUCAAAAGAAUCUCGUCGAGGCCACCGGCGACGAUCCCGGCGCCCACCGGUAUACUGAUGCCGAAAAGGCAGCAUUUGCAGCCGACCCAGCCGCCUACCUCGCCUACCGGCGCACCAUUGAAGGCAACCUGCACACCAAGUUCCAGCGCAACAUUCUCGGCAGCCCAGAGAACGAGGCCUUGCGGGCUUCUUGUAUCAAGACCAUGUGCCAGCGCGUCGGCGGUAGCCAAGCAUGGCUGGACCGCUUGGUCCCUGACUUUGCGCCCGGAUGCAAGCGACUGACACCCGCGCCGGGCUACCUCGAAACCAUAGUCAAGGGUGCGGAGGACGGCACGGUGGCCUAUGUCGACACGCCCCUUAUGGCCGCGACACAGACGGCGCUUGUCACCGCUGAUGGUGUGGAGCGUCCCGUCGAUGUGAUCAUUGCCGCCACGGGAUUUGCCAGUGGGUUUGUGCCACAUUUCCCUGUUGUCGGCCGCAACGGCGUCGACCUUCGCCACGACUGGUCCGCCGAGGGUGCCACGGGCUACCCAGAGACAUAUUUCGGUGUCAUGGCGCCCGGCAUGCCCAAUUACUUCAUGGUGCUGCAGGCCCAGGCCAACGGCGGUGGGGGUUCGAUCCCGCUUCAGGUGGAGCUGUCCGCGACGUACAUUGCCAAAGUGCUGCGUAAGAUGCAGCUCCAGCAGUACAGCAGCAUCACACCGAGUCGAGAGGCCACUGAGGACUUUAAUGCAUACUGCCAGGGCCACUUUCGAGACAAGGUGGCUAGUGACAACUGCAGUUCGUGGCUCAAGGCACCCGGCGACGGUACAGCAGGCCGCCGCACGUUGGUGUGGUGGCCCGGUUCGGGCCAUCAUCGCAUGCAAGCAUGUCUGGACCCACGCUGGGAAGACUUUGAGUUUGAGCGGAACCGGACACCACAGGCCCAGCGCAACCGGUACCACUACUUUGGCAAUGGGUGGACGACCAUUGAGCGUGACGCCGCCAGUACGGAAGCACUCACAGGCUACCUGUAUGAAUUGGGAGCAGCAGACUUGCGCUCUCUGCAUGAGCGAUGGUAUGAAUAA